AUGGCUGGAAUUUGCUGCGGUGUUGUCGGAGAAGCUGAGGCGUCGACUACGAUUGACGCAAGCCCAAGGAAUUCGAGGCGUAGGAGAUUGGAGCUCCUACCGCUUAGAUACAUAGCUGACGUAGCCGUGAAACCGUCGACGGUGGAGAACGGCCGGAAGCGGCAGAAGAUCGAUCUGUACCAUUCAUCGUCAUCGGUGCCACAAAAAGCAGUGGAAAGCUCCUUGGAAAGCGAAGAGUCCAAGCUGAACGCGACGGUGCGUUUUGGCGACGAUGAUUUUGAAGCUGUGAAUACACGUGGAGAUCAUCAGGAGUCUAAGUCUCUGCGUGUGGACAACGAAGCGGUGCAGGUGCAGGUGCAGGCACUGCAGGAGAGCCCUCGGUUUGGUAUGAUGUCGGUUUGUGGGAGAAGACGAGACAUGGAAGACGCCGUUUCGAUUCACCCUUCGUUCUACCAAAACGACGGUCCAGACUCUAAUGAAGCCCACUUCUAUGGCGUUUUCGACGGCCAUGGCUGCUCUCAUGUGGCCUUGAAGUGCAAGGAUCGGUUGCAUGAAAUCGUGAAGCAAGAACUCGAAACGGAAGGCGCGUACAUACAGUGGAAGGGCGCGAUGGAGCGAAGCUUCGCAAAGAUGGACGAUGAGGUCCAGGAAGGAAACCUGGUUGCUCAAGGCCCGAAUUGCCGGUGCGAGCUUCAGACUCCGCAGUGCGACGCCGUUGGAUCUACGGCGGUCGUUGCUGUCGUCACUCCGGAGAAAAUUAUCGUCUCUAAUUGCGGCGAUUCUCGCGCCGUGCUUUGCCGCAACGGCGUCGCCGUCCCUCUUUCCUCCGAUCAUAAGCCAGAUCGACCCGAUGAGCUGGUUCGGAUCGAAGCCGCGGGCGGGCGGGUCAUCUACUGGGACGGUGCGAGAGUCCUGGGAGUUUUGGCCAUGUCGAGAGCCAUUGGCGACAACUAUCUGAAACCGUACGUGAUAUCGGAACCGGAGGUGACGAUCAUGGAUCGGUCGGCGGAGGACGAGUGUCUGAUUCUGGCCAGCGACGGCCUCUGGGACGUGGUAUCAAACGACACCGCGUGCGGAGUCGUUCGCAUGUGCUUGCGCGCGCAGAAGACGACCUCGCAUUCGGAGUCGUCUGGAACUGACGCGGCAGUGAGGUCCGACAAGGCGUGUUCGGACGCCUCCAUUUUGUUGACCAAGUUGGCCUUGGCUAGGCAGAGCAGCGACAACGUAAGCGUUGUCGUGGUGGAUUUGAGAAGACCCGGGGGGUGCUAA